UUUUCAGCAAACGUAAAUAUCAUUUAUACGGUUAUUUUUUUUUUUACCAUUCUGCUCCAUAACAAUUAUGCUCCAUAGAAACCACAGCAAACGUAUUCUUCUUCAUUCUUUGUUAUUCUGCAACGCUUCAAGAAUUAAAUAUCAAAAAAUGGAAAUAGGAAAUAAGGUUUACCUAAAUAACAUUGACCAGAUAGAUGAAAAAUCGCAUAUCAAGGUUCGGGUGCUUAAAAUUUGGAACUUUGUCAGAAAUAAUAAAGUUUGUUCCAUUGAAAUGAUCAUCAUGGAUGAGGAGGGUACACAAUACCAAGCUCGUGUCUUCAAUCAGAAUUUCUCCAGAUUUCGUCAUCUUUUAAAGGAAGAUGAAAAUGUUAUUGGACAUAUCGUGUCAUUUAGGCCUCUUGAAACUUCAAAUCCAGUACCAUCCAAGCAUUAUAUAAAAGUCACUCUUAGCAACCUAGAUUCUGUACAUCUGAAGGUUACUAUUUUUGGAAGUCAAGCAUAUCAAAUUUCAGAAUACCUAAAAAGUAACCCGACUGUUAAUUUUGUUGUUAUCGUGAUGCAGUUUUUGAAGAUAAACAUUUGGAAUGGUCAUGGUGAAGCUAAAAGUCAUUUUGAAGUAACGAAAUUGUUCAUAAAUUCUGACAUUUAUGAAAUAAAUGAGUUUAAAAAUAAGUUGAAAUGUCAUGACAAUUUCGGUAUAACUGAAAAAAGCAUAACUACACUUCAAAGCUACUCUUCUUCAUAUACAGAUGACUUUAAGGGCAAUUUUCCAUUAAAAACAAUCUGUGAGAUCACCGAACCAAUUAAGGAAAUGAAGUUUUUAUUAGUUGCUUCCAUUGUUAAUAUAAGGCAGACUCUACCAUGGUAUUAUGAAGCAUGCAAAAAAUGUGGAAAAAAAAUUAUCCCUGUUCCCAAAACCAAUCAUUCGUAUACCAACCCUGAGGGAAUUUCAGAAACUAUGGUUGUCGAGUGUACAAAUGCACAAUGCAAAAAAUCUGAAUUUCAGUAUAUAAUUCCAAUUAACGUACAAGAUUGUACUGGAACCAUUGGAUUGACUCUUUUUGAUAGGGAAGCAAGGAGGUUGUUAAAUAUAAGUGCCUACGAGUUGAAAAAGAUACAUGAUGCGGCCGGAGACAGUGAUGCCCUAUUUCCAAUGCAACUUAACGUGUUGAAAAACCGCAAGUUUGGUUUUGUUGUAGAUAUUACAGAAUACAAUGUCAACAACUAUAAUAACAUCUACACAGUUCUCAGAGUUACAGAAGAUAUGUCCAUUGUUUGUGAAUUGGAAAGUAAAAUAGAACUUAUGAGUAUUCAAUCUGUCUCCUUAAAUCAAGUUGCUUUGGAAUCCGAUGAUGUUGUACAGCCUGUUCAAAAGGAUGUGAUCUCACAAACAGACGAAAGUUUUACACCCUCAACAGUUGAUAAGUCAACCGCAACAAGUCCUUGCAAAAUAUCAGGUGAUUUGAAGCGCAACCUCCAAGAAAUUUAUGAUGUUGAUUCUGGAUAUGAUUUAAGUUCAACUAAUGCUAAAAGAAAGUCAACCGCAGAGGAAAUUCCACUCUUAAUUCCAAAAAUUGAAAAGUGA